CAGUUUCCCUUACAACAUGUUAACAUUUAUUUAAUGCCAAAAAUCAGGGAUACUCUAUCGACCUAGUGAAGUGACCUGGGUCACCUACCUAAAGAAUUUGCACUAUAAGACCUUGGCCUCUCUGUUUCUCUUGAAUUACUUUGAAAAGCAACAGAAAGAAGAGAGGAGAGGAAAGACCAAAUAAGGGAAGAGCUGAGAGAAAGAGAGAACUUGUGAAAGCAUUUAUAAACAACUUGGCUUGAAGCCUUCUUGAAAAGGUGACCAUGGCAUCAGCAGAGCCCAUGGAGGCCCCCAUAUGUCUGGUAGAAAACAAGAAUGAAGAGCUGAUGGUAAACCAGCAAGCCCUACGGAUUCUUAGUUCCAUUAGCAAUCCAGUGAUGGUGGUAGCUAUUGCUGGCCUGUACCGUACUGGAAAAUCCUACCUGAUGAACAGACUGGCAGGAAAGAACACAGGCUUCUCCCUUGGCUCCACCGUGCAGUCUCACACAAAGGGCAUCUGGAUGUGGUGCGUCCCUCACCCCAGCAAACCAGACCAUGCCUUAGUUCUGCUUGAUACUGAGGGCCUUGGAGACGUGGAAAAGGGUGACUCCAAGAAUGACUCCUGGAUCUUCGCCCUGGCCAUCCUGCUGAGCAGCACUUUUGUCUACAACAGCGUGAGCACCAUCAACCACCAGGCCUUGGAGCAGAUGCAAUAUGUAACAGAGCUGACAGAACUAAUCAAGGUCAAAUCCUCACCUGAUGCUCUUGGAGGAGAAGACUCAGCAGAGUUUGUGGGCUUCUUUCCAGACUUUGUGUGGACCGUGCGGGAUUUCACCCUGGAGCUUGAGCUAGAUGGCCACCCCAUCACCUCAGAUCAGUACCUGGAAAAUGCCUUGAAACUCAGUAAAGGUAAGAACCUCAAAGUUGCAGCAGCCAACCUUCCACGAGAGUGCAUCAGAAAAUUCUUUCCAAAACGGAAGUGUUUCACCUUUGACCGUCCAACAAAUAAGAAGUCACUCUUAGCGCAUCUUGAAGAUGUCCAUGAAAGCCAGCUGGAGCCUGCAUUCAAGGAUCAGGCAGACAACUUCUGCUCUUACAUCUUUUCCAAUGCAAAACCCAAGACCCUUAGGGGCGGCAUUGUGGUUAAUGGGAAUCGGUUGGGAAAGCUGCUGGAGACCUAUGUGAAGACAAUCUCUAGUGGAGCCAUUCCCUGCCUGGAGAAUGCAGUGCUGGCAUUGGCUGAGACUGAGAAUCCCGCUGCCAUUCAAAAAGCUACCAACCAUUACGUAGAGCAGAUGGUGCUGAAGGUGGACUUCCCCACAGAAACCCUCCAGGACCUGCUAAACCUGCAUACAGACUGUGAGAAAGAAGCCAUCUCAAUUUUCAUGAAGCAUUCUUUCAAGGAUGACACACACAAGUUCCAGAAAGAACUGGUGCAAAUCUUAGAAUCCAAGAAGGAUGAUUUCAUCCAUCAAAAUGAGGAAGAAUCAACCAAAUAUUGUCAAACUAAGCUUGAGGACCUCUCUCAGACCCUUACGGAAGCCAUUUCUCAAGGCACCUUCUCUGUGCCAGGGGGUUACAGGCUCUACAGGAAAGAAAGAGAAAAAAUGAUGAACAAUUACCAUCAAGUUCCCAGGAAAGGGGUAAAGGCAGAUGAGGUCCUCCAAAGGUUUCUACAGUCACUUGCAAUGACAGAAGAAUCCAUCCUGCAGACAGAUCAAGCCCUCACUGAACAAGAGAAGGCCAUGGAAGAUUCUAGAAAUAUAAGAAUGAAUAGGAGGCAAGUGAAUGAGGAAGGCAGGAUCCAGAUAUUGAGAGAACAGGAAAUGAUUCUAGACCAUAAACUAAAGGAACAAAAGAAGCUGAUGGAGGAAGGGUUUAAUGAGAAAGCUGAAGAAAUGAAGAAAGAGAUGGAGGACUUACAAACAAAGAUUAAGGAUGAUAAGAGUGACAAGUCCUCUUGGUGGUCCCCAGUUUUAGAUACUGUUGGCACCGCAUUGAUGGUCAUGUUACCUGGUGCAGGAAAACUCAUUGGUUUGGGGGUAAAGGCAUUGGGCCAUCUCUGAAAUAAUCAAAUGGGUUUCAGUUUCUCAAAAGAAAGUUGUACAAUAUAGUUGUCUCACUUAAAAAGAAAAUGGCACUGAGACCUCUCUAUACAUGA